AUGGGCGUCAUCAAGGUCCCCGAAGAUUUCGAUGAUCGGCAACUACAGCUUGAUGCUGAAGCGGAGCAAUACCAUCCCUAUGAAUACCAAACCGAGAACAAUGAUUCUUGGGCAGGCGCCCUCCCGGUGAAGCAGGGACUUUAUGACCCGUCUCUUGAGAAAGAUGCUUGCGGUGUCGGCUUUGCUUGCCACAUCAAGGGCAAGCCCAGCCAUAAGAUCGUCAGCGAUGCGCGGAACCUUCUUUGCAACAUGACCCAUCGCGGUGCGGUGGGCUCUGACGCGAGGGAUGGCGACGGUGCGGGUGUCAUGACGUCCAUUCCUCACAAGUUCUUUGUCAAGAACUUUGAGCGCGAACAGGGCAUCGUGCUUCCUCCUCCGGGCCAGUAUGCUGUGGGGAAUUUGUUCUUCAAGCCCGAUCAGGAAACGUUGCACGAGUCCAAGCGGCAGUUGGAAGAUAUUGCCGAGUCCUUGGGCUUGAGAGUUCUGGGGUGGCGAGAGCCUCCUGUUGACUCGACGCUCCUCGGUCCUGCCGCUGCUUCUCGGGAACCCACCAUUCUGCAGCCCUUUGUCGUCCUGCAGUCUGCCUACGGCGCGGGCAAUGCUCCCGAGACUACAGACCCGGAGAAGUUUGAUGAGAGGCUCUUUGAGAGGCAGCUCUAUGUUCUCCGAAAGCGGGCCACCAAGACUGUCGGGCUUCAGAAUUGGUUCUACAUCUGCUCCCUCUCCAACAAGAACAUUGUCUACAAGGGGCAGUUGGCGCCGGUUCAGGUCUACCAAUACUACCAUGAUUUGGUGAAUGCCGACUAUGAGGCCCACUUCGCGCUCGUGCACUCGCGCUUCUCCACCAACACAUUCCCCUCCUGGGAUCGUGCCCAGCCGCUGCGGUGGGCGGCUCACAAUGGUGAGAUCAACACGCUGCGCGGCAACAAGAACUGGAUGCGCGCCCGAGAAGGUGUUAUGCAAUCCGACGUCUUCGGUGAGGAGCUCGAGAUGCUCUAUCCCGUUGUUGAGGACGGCGGCUCCGACUCGGCUGCUUUCGACAAUGUGCUGGAAUUGCUCACCAUCAAUGGCGUGCUCUCACUUCCCGAAGCCGUCAUGCUGAUGGUUCCUGAGGCCUGGCAAGGCAACACCUUGAUGGAUCCCAAGAAGGCGGCAUUUUACGAGUGGGCUGCCUGCCAGAUGGAGCCGUGGGACGGCCCGGCUCUGUUCACUUUUGCCGACGGCCGCUUCUGCGGCGCCAACCUCGACCGUAACGGCCUUCGUCCCUGCCGCUUCUAUGUCAUGGACGAUGAUCGCAUCAUUUGCGCUUCCGAGGUCGGCACCAUCCCCGUCGAUCCCGAGAGGAUCGUCCAGAAGGGCCGUCUGCAGCCCGGCCGCAUGUUGCUCGUUGACACGCAGGCUGGUCGCAUCAUCGACGACAGCGAGCUGAAGGCUGCUGUUUCGAGCCGCUAUGACUUCAGGACCUGGCUUGAUGAAAAUCUGAUCACGAUGCCUGCUGUCUUGGAUAAGGUGGCUGAGAACAAGAGUAUCACUCUGGCCGCCAAGCCUGACGAGUACAAGCUACAGGAGGACCCCUUGCUCCAUGCUUUCGGCUAUACCUUUGAACAGGUCAGCUUGCUCCUUGCCCCAAUGGCCUCGGACGAAAAGGAGGCGCUUGGUUCCAUGGGCAAUGAUGCCCCUCUUGCGUGCUUGUCGGACGCUCCCAAGUUGCUCUACGAAUACUUCCGCCAGCUCUUCGCGCAAGUCACCAACCCGCCCAUCGACCCGAUCCGCGAGUCGAUCGUCAUGUCUCUGGAGUGCUAUGUCGGUCCUCAAGGCAACCUCCUCGAGAUGGAUCCGUCCCAGUGUGGCCGGCUGCUCCUGCCUAGCCCCAUCCUGUCCAUUGAGGAGUUCAACGCCAUGAAGAACAUGUCGACUCUCUACCCCGAGUGGACUGUCAAAACCAUCGACCUCACCUUCCCCAAGAAGGAUGGUAUUCAGGGCUACAUCAAGCAUCUCGAUUACAUUUGCGACGAGGCCACUGCCGCCAUCGAGGCACGGGACCGCAUUAUCGUCCUGUCUGACCGCAAUACUUCCAAGGACCGGGUGGCUGUUUCGACCUUGCUUGCCGCCGGCAUGGUGCACCACCACCUUGUCGCCAACAAAUGGCGUUCCAUGGCUGCGCUGGUUGUCGAGACCGCCGAGGCCCGUGAAGUGCAUCACAUGUGCGUCCUUGUUGGCUAUGGCGUGGAUGCCAUCAACCCUUACCUCGCCAUGGAGUGCAUUCUGAAACUCAACCGGGAGAAGCUCAUCAAGAAGAAGCUCUCGGAUGAUGUCCUCAUUCGCAACUACAAGCAUUCGUGCGACGGCGGUAUCCUCAAGGUCAUGAGCAAGAUGGGUAUCUCCACCCUGGCCAGUUACAAGGGUGCCCAGAUUUUUGAGGCUCUCGGUGUUGACGACUCUGUUGUCGAUCGCUGCUUCCGCGGCACCGCCUCCCGAAUCAAGGGUGUCACCUUUGAGCUCAUCGCAGAGGACGCUUUCCGCUUCCACGAGCGCGGCUUCCCUUCGCGCGCGACCGUCGCCGUGCCUGGCCUUCCGGAGUCAGGCGAAUACCACUGGCGUGACGGUGGUGAAGCGCAUGUCAACGACCCGGUGUCAAUUGCCAACAUCCAGGAUGCGGUGCGCAACAAGAAUGACAAGUCGUACGAGGCGUACUCGGUGUCUGAGUACGAGCAGAUUAAGUCCUGCACGCUGCGCGGCAUGCUUGAUUUCAAAUUUGACGAGUGCACGCCCAUUCCGAUCGACCAGGUCGAGCCUUGGACCGAGAUUGUGCGGCGCUUUUGCACCGGCGCCAUGUCAUACGGUUCGAUUUCGAUGGAAUCCCACUCCACCCUGGCUGUGGCCAUGAACCGCCUCGGUGGUAAGUCGAACACCGGUGAAGGUGGUGAAGACCCGGAGCGUUCUCAACGUCUCCCUAACGGCGACACCAUGCGCUCGGCCAUUAAGCAGGUCGCCUCCGGUCGCUUCGGCGUUACUUCUGCCUACCUGGCCGACUCGGACGAGCUCCAGAUUAAGAUGGCCCAGGGCGCUAAGCCCGGCGAGGGCGGUGAGCUUCCCGGCCACAAGGUGUCUAAGUCGAUUGCUCGCACCCGGCAUUCGACCCCUGGUGUCGGGUUGAUCUCGCCCCCACCGCACCACGACAUCUACUCGAUCGAGGACUUGAAGCAGCUCAUCUACGACCUCAAGUGCUCGAGCCCGCGCUCGCGUGUCUCUGUCAAGCUGGUGUCCGAGACCGGUGUCGGUAUCGUCGCCUCGGGUGUCGCCAAGGCCAAGGCCGACCAUAUCCUGAUUUCGGGCCACGACGGUGGUACUGGUGCCUCCCGCUGGACGGGUAUCAAGUACGCCGGUCUGCCGUGGGAGCUGGGUCUGGCUGAGACUCACCAGACCCUGGUGCUCAACGACCUUCGUGGGCGUGUCGUCGUCCAGACGGAUGGCCAGCUCCGGACGGGCCGCGACGUCGCCAUCGCUUGUUUGCUUGGUGCUGAGGAAUGGGGCUUCGCUACGACUCCUUUGAUCGCCAUGGGCUGUAUCAUGAUGCGUAAAUGCCACCUGAACACCUGCCCGGUUGGUAUUGCCACACAAGACCCUGAGCUCCGCAAGAAGUUCACUGGCACGCCUGAGCAUGUCAUCAACUUCUUCUACUAUGUGGCCAAUGAGCUUCGCUCCAUCAUGGCCAGGCUCGGCUUCCGGACUGUCAAUGAGAUGAUCGGCCACGCCGAGGUUCUCAAGCUCCGCGAGGACAUCACGAGCAACAAGAUGAACACCAUUGACUUGUCGCUUAUCCUCACUCCUGCCCACAAGCUUCGCCCGGGUGUCGCCACCUUCAAUGUCCGCAAGCAGGACCACCGCCUGCACGUCCGCCUGGACAACAAGCUGAUCUCUGAGGCCGAGUUGACCCUCGACAAGGGCCUGCCAUCCCGAAUCGAGUGCGAUAUCGUCAAUACUGACCGCGCGAUGGGUACUUCGCUGUCGUACCAGAUUUCGAAGCGCUACGGCGAGGCCGGUCUGCCGAUCGACACCGUCCAUGUCAACAUCAAGGGCUCUGCUGGCCAAUCCUUCGGUGCCUUCCUUGCGCCCGGUGUCACCCUGGAACUUGAGGGCGAUGCCAACGAUUACGUCGGCAAGGGUCUGUCUGGUGGCCGUCUGAUAAUUUACCCUCCGCGGUCGGCGGUUUUCAAGGCCGAGGAGAACAUCCUUAUCGGCAACACCUGCUUGUACGGCGCCACCAGCGGUACUUGCUUCUUCCGCGGCGUUGCUGCGGAGCGCUUCGCUGUGCGUAACUCGGGUGCCACGGCCGUUGUCGAGGGUGUUGGUGAUCACGGUUGCGAGUACAUGACCGGCGGUCGCGUCGUCGUUCUCGGCAGCACCGGCCGCAACUUUGCAGCUGGUAUGUCUGGCGGUAUUGCCUAUGUCCUCGAUGUCCAGCAGGACUUCCUCUCCAAACUCAACUCGGAAAUGGUUGAAGCUGGCCCCGUGGAGGAACCCGAGGAGGUCGCCUACCUCCGUGGCCUCAUUGAGGAUCAUCAUCAUUACACGGGCUCUGAGCUCGCUGCGCGCAUCUUGGUUGACUUCAACCGUGCUCUGCCUCGGUUCGUCAAGGUCCUCCCUGUCGACUACAAGCGAGUCCUCCAAGAGGAGGCUGCCAAGGCGGCCGAGGCCAAGCGGGCAGAGUACAAUGUUCCCAUCGUCUCCGGCCUUGCUCCCAAGAAGGAGGAGAAGGAGAAGAGCACCAAGCUUCAGGACAUUGAGGAAAGUGUUCGGGAUGACGCCGCCGACAAGAAGAAGGCUCUCGUUUUGGACAAGACUCGUGGUUUCAUGAAGUACCACAGGCGGUCCGAGAAAUACCGCAACGCGAAGACGCGGACCAAGGACUGGGCCGAGCUGUCUCAGAGGCUGGACGAGGACGAGCUUAAGUAUCAGUCUGCUCGUUGCAUGGACUGCGGUGUUCCCUUCUGCCAGUCGGACAGCGGCUGCCCCAUCUCGAACAUCAUCCCCAAGUGGAACGAACUGGUCUUCCAGAAUCAGUGGCGCGACGCUCUGAAUCGCCUGCUAAUGACCAACAACUUCCCCGAGUUCACUGGCCGUGUCUGCCCUGCUCCUUGCGAGGGUGCCUGCGUGCUUGGCAUCAACGAGGACCCUGUUGGUAUCAAGUCGAUCGAAUGCGCCAUCAUUGACCGUGGUUUCGAGAUGGGCUGGAUGGUCCCUACUCCGCCCAAGGUGCGCACCGGUAAGAAGGUUGCCGUCAUCGGCUCUGGCCCUGCUGGUCUGGCGGCCGCAGACCAGUUGAACAAGGCCGGCCACCUUGUCACCGUCUAUGAGCGUGCCGACCGUCUCGGCGGUCUGCUCAUGUAUGGUAUCCCCAACAUGAAGCUCGACAAACGUAUCGUAAAGCGUCGGACCGACUUCAUGGCGGCCGAGGGCAUUCAGUUCAAGACGGGCGUCGCCAUUGGCGAGGACAUUAAGCUUAUGGAUCUUAAGGCUGAGAACGACGCCGUCAUCAUCGCGACAGGCGCCACCGUUGCCCGUGACCUUCCCAUUCCGGGCCGGAACCUCGAGGGCAUCCACUUCGCCAUGGAGUUCCUGCACAAGAACACCAAGUCGCUCCUCGAUUCGGAGCUGGCCGAUGGGUCGUACAUCUCGGCCAAGGACAAGCACGUGGUCGUCAUUGGCGGUGGCGAUACCGGCAACGACUGCAUCGGCACGUCGGUGCGGCACGGGGCCAAGUCGGUCAUCAACUUUGAACUGCUCCCGCAGCCGCCGCCGGAGCGGGCGCGCGAUAACCCGUGGCCGCAGUGGCCGCGCAUCUACCGGGUAGACUACGGUCACACCGAGGUGCGGCAACACAUGGGCAAGGACCCGCGUGAGUACUGCAUCAUGUCCGAGUCGUUUGUCGACGACGGCGCGGGCAAGGUCAAGGGCAUCAACACCGUGCGUGUCGAGUGGACCCGGUCGGCCUCGGGCGGCUGGGACAUGAAGAAAAUUGAGGGCUCGGAGCAGUUCUUCCCCGCCGAUCUGGUGCUGCUGUCGAUGGGUUUCCUGGGCCCCGAGGGCCGCGUGCUGGGCGACGAGAUCGAGAAGGACGCGCGCAAGAAUGUCAAGACAGCGCCUGGGCAUUAUGCGACGAAUGUCGAGGGCAUCUUUGCCGCGGGUGACUGCCGCAGGGGACAGUCGUUGAUUGUUUGGGGCAUCAACGAAGGUCGCCAGGCUGCGCGCGAGGUGGAUCUCUACCUCGAGAAGUGUACCAACCUGCCUGUUACCGGCGGUAUUGUCAAGCGCACCGCCGGGGAGGUCUUUGCUGCUGCCGCGGCUCCGGCGGCGCCGGUAGAGCCAGUUGCUGCUUGA